CUGCGCAGUCACUCGCGAGCUGCCUCCGGUCGGAUUUGAAUGGCUUCCGUUUUAUGAGUCGCCCGCCUUCUCUUGUUAGGCCUACCUACCUAUCGCGAGAUUUCUUCAUCCCUACCGGCCGCAGGAGGACGGGAUCAUCCUGGAUAAUCUGGACGCCUGGUUCAAGGGGGGCAAGAUGGCAGCCUCUACUUCGUCAUCAUCAGCUGGUGGAGUGAGUGGAAGUUCUAUGACUGGAUCUGGAUUUAGUGUCUCAGAUCUUGCUACGCCACAGAAAGCCCUCUUUACAUAUCCUAAAGGAGCUGGGGAAAUGUUAGAAGAUGGAUCGGAACGAUUCCUUUGUGAAUCCGUCUUCAGCUAUCAAGUUGCAUCCACACUGAAACAAGUAAAACACGAUCAGCAAGUCGCUCGAAUGGAAAAACUCGCUGGCUUAGUGGAAGAACUGGAGGCAGAUGAAUGGAGAUACAAACCCAUUGAACAGCUCUUGGGCUUCACCCCGUCUCUAGGUUGAAAUAUAGCAAUUUGCUGCUGUGGAAAAAUCCAGGAUUCGUGUAGCUCCGUUUUAAAACUUUCAGUGGUUUCCUUCUGCAUUUUCCCACAACUCUGAUGACAGUCCAGAACUAUGGUUUUGGGUUUUGUUUUUCACCAGAUCCAAUAAAUAUAUGUUUAUUCA